AACAUAGGCAGUAUAGGCAUGUUUGGUUCAGCUGACUUCGAAUUAAAUUUGGUGUAUGGUGUAAAAGUUUUAUUAUUUGUGAUUUAAUUAGUAAUAAUCGAUGCUGAUGAAGUGUAUGUAUAGUGUAUGGAAUGACAUGUUCUACAUCCUUUGGUUGAGUCCUAAGAAGGAUCUAUGGAAUGUAAAUAAACUCUACUCUACUCUACUCUGCACGGAGUGAAACUGUGAUCUUUGGCAGGUACAGGUGAGUGUUGUGUAUUGAAGUUAGGGGUUCAAGUAUUCAUCAACACAAUGAGGAAGCAGAAAUAUUCUAUGAUGUUUAGAGCUAAGGACGUCUUUAAUGAAGGACAGGAGGAAGAGUUAGCUGGCAUCAAGGAUCAGCUGGCUAUUGUGCAGGCCAAGCUGAGUUCUGGCGAGAAUGCCGUUACAGUGCAUGAGGCAAACCUUAUGCAAGGGUGGGUGCGCUCAUCACGUGUUCUUGCACUGGCUGAGCAUGACAACAACUAUGCAGUGUUUGUGUUCAUGAGCUCACGUAUGCCUCCUCAGCUGAUUUCUGACCUGGCAAUAGAAAGAGUACUUCCUGUCGAUGCAGAUUUCGGAUGUGAGAUUGAGUCAGACAUUAGAGAUGAAGAUGGGGUUGUUGUGUAUGUCAACAUAUCCUCACACAAACUCAAGCUGUUGUUUGAGAUGGUUCCUGGUAUGAAAACCAACAACUUUGUAGGAGAGAUCUUCCGUGCAGAAGUGUUAAGAAAAAGACGAAGACCACCACCAGAGUUUCAGUGGCUACACAAAUACGCAUCAGGUGCGGGAUCCACACACAACAGUGGAAGCAGCUGCCCAGGAAUGGAUAACGCAGUUGGUGACUCAAUGGAGCGAGGUGUUGAUGGGCUUACAAUACAGGAUGAAUCUAUUGCAGAUACUUUGUUAGGAAGCCCAGAGAUUUCUGUCCCUCGCCAGAGUAUUGCUAAGGGCGCUACACCCAUUGCAGCGCGAGAGAUUGUUAUCAAGUACCAGAUGGCCAUGAGGGAACAGCACUACACAUACACACAAGCAUUAAGGGUGUAUGUUGGGACGUGGAAUGUGAAUGGUCAGCCUCCCACAGUUGGAAUAUCGGAGUGGCUUGCUCAAGAUCCUGAUCCUCCAGACAUUUAUGCUAUUGGAUUCCAGGAGCUUGACCUCAGCAAAGAGGCAUUUCUUUUCAAUGACACGCCCCGUGAGGAGGAGUGGCAGGAGGCAGUAUUAAAUGGACUACACAAAAAGGCGCGAUACCACAAGGUCGCUCUUGUGAGACUGGUUGGCAUGAUGCUGCUUGUGUUUGUGCAGGAGCAGCAUGCGGCUUAUGUCAGAGCCGUAGCCACAGAGACUGUUGGUACUGGCAUCAUGGGCAAAAUGGGCAACAAGGGUGGUGUGGGUGUGCGCUUUGAGCUCCACAGUACUUCGUUAUGUUUCGUUAACUCGCAUCUUGCUGCACAUGUGGAGGAGUACGAGCGCAGGAACCAGGACUACCAUGACAUCUGCUCACGGAUGAGUUUCACACGCUUCUUGCCUCCCAAGGGCAUCAACGAUCAUGAUCAGGUGUAUUGGCUGGGAGAUCUGAAUUAUCGCAUAACAGAUUUGGACCCUCGGUUAGUGAAAGACUACAUCGACCAAGGCAAUUAUCUGCCACUGCUGGAGUAUGAUCAACUCUGUCAGCAGCAUAGUUUAAAAAAUGUAUAUGCAGGCUACCAGGAGGGGAAUAUCACUUUCCGUCCUACAUAUAAAUAUGACCCAGGAUCAGACAACUGGGAUUCCAGCGAGAAGAAUCGUGUACCAGCUUGGUGUGACCGUGUCCUGUGGAAGGGAGAUGGAAUUACACAAGUUGCAUACAGGAGCCACCCUAAACUUCGUAUUAGCGAUCAUAAACCAGUUAGUUCUCUCUUUGAUUCUCAGAUCAGAGUAAUAGACGCUGCUAAGUAUCGAAAAAUACACGAGGAAGUGAUGAAAAAGUUAGAUAAACUGGAGAAUGAGUUUCUGCCCCAAGUGAUGGUGGAUAAUACAGAAGUGAUUUUUGACACCAUCCGCUACCUGGAAUCACAGACCCGCGACCUCAUUAUUGCAAACACAGGACAGGUUCCAGUUACAUUUGAAUUCAUCAAGAAGUUGGAUGAUUCAAGUUAUUGCAAGGAUUGGCUUAACAUUGAGCCAUACUCUGGAUUUAUUAUGCCAGGAGAAAAAUGUGAUAUCAAGCUUGAAGUGUAUGUUGACAAGAAGUCUGCGUUCAAACUGAACUCUGGUGAGGACAAACUAUAUGACAUACUGGUGUUACACUUGGAUGGUGGCAAGGAUAUCUUCAUAACUGUCACAGGAACAUAUGAACGCAGUUGUUUUGGGUCUUCCAUUGAAGCUCUGGUGUACAUCAGUGUCCCAGUGAGAGAGAUUCCUCUCGGCAGACUCAUGGAGCUGGAGAAUGCGAAGGAGGUGACCAGCACACAGGAUCCUUACCCCAUACCCAAGGAGAUCUGGUUUCUGGUUGACCACCUUUACCGUCAUGGCCUCAAGCAGCCACACCUGUUUGAAGAGCCGGGGCUCAACUCAGAUCUUCUACAGAUACGUAACUGGCUGGACAAUGGUUCUCCAGAUCCCAUGCCUGGCAGCAUACAUUCAGUGGCAGAAGCGUUGUUGCUAUUGCUGGAAUCUACUGCUGAGCCCAUCAUUCCCUAUAACCUUCACAGCGUCUGUCUCGAUGCUGCUAACAACUAUGUACAGUGCAAACAGAUUGUUAUGCAACUUCCAGAGCACCGCAAAAAUGUGUUCUUAUACCUGUGUGCAUUCCUCCAAGAAGUGCUUUGCCACGCCAGUUACAAUGGCCUCGACACUAAGAUUAUUGCCGCUCUGUUUGGGACCAUCUUCCUACGAGACCCUCCUCGGAGUCGUGGCGAUCUGUCAUCCCAAGCGCGUAUGAACCAGCAGGCACUGGACAGGAAGAAAGUCAACUUUGUGUAUCACUUCCUAGUAAACGAUCAGAGUGACUUCAUUCUUGGCCGCUAGCGUACAUGUAGGAAGUAGCACGACUCUAGUCACAUGUAGCACCUGCAGCUACACUAGUUUUAUUUCAGAAUGCGUGUCAUUAGACAGUAACUUUCAGUGUCUUGUUACUUGGAAGGGAAUGAGUCUAGUCAUUGACGUGCAUGGCUGUAAACCUUCCACUUGAAAGGAGCGUCCAUUCUUUUUACAUGGCCAGAAUAUGGCUCGUGGAAAAGAGAAUUGGCAUCGUGAAUUAACUUGUAAGCCAAUAGAUGUGGUCCUACAGAUUUUUCAUUCCAAAGAAAUGGUUCUAGGUUUUGUGUUUUUCCAAUUGUUUACAGUUUUGCAGAGAAUUGAUCUUGCCAUUAGCUGAAAUGUAAUUGCAGAGUUUGUGUAGUGUGUAAGAACAAUGCCCAUAGCAAUAGUUAAAGGUGCAUGCUUCAUUUCUAUUCAGUUGUCCUUCCCCCACCACUUUUAUAUUAGUUACACAUUGUGUAAAGGAUUGAAAUUCUUUAUCGCCGCACUGAAACAGAGACCAUUAAUAUUUAAAUAGCAUAUAUUUUUAUUGUGAGUGCUGACAUAGUCUAGGAAUAGAGGAUGAAGGUCAACAUUCCACUGUGUUUCAUAAUUUGAACACAUCUGAUGAUUCAUAAGGAAUUAGUCGCUCCCCCUUCAUAAUACAA